UAUCUAAACUAUCUUCGCCCAAAGUCAGGGAAGAAUAUUAAAGAAGGAAGUGAAAGACUAUAAUCGCUAAUAACCGACUUAAAAAGGAAACAGCAUAAUUCAUUAACACCAAGGAUGGCYGCAAAGCUAUCUGAAAGGCUUGGUGAACAGGUCACGUGUCCAAUCUGUUUGGAACACUUCUCGGACCCACGCCUUCUCCCCUGUCUACAUACGUACUGUAGACAAUGCUUACAAGAUCUCCUGGCUAAAGGGAAAAGAAAAGUGUCUGUUAUCUGUCCAGAAUGUCGAGAGGAAGUCCAGAUAAUAUCUGGUGAUGUUACGAAGCUGCAAGUCAACUUCUGGAUCAACAAUCUUCUAUCACUUCUUUCCAUCCACUCGACUGAYGAAAAAGAUGGCGGCAACACUGAGUURACGUGCGAAAACUGUGACAGCAAAGCAGCAGCCAAAGGAAGAUGUGUCAACUGCUGCAUGUUUUUGUGUAACGUUUGUUUUACARCACAUCAGCGUCUGCUAGCACUGAAGGACCAUCAACUGAUAACACUGGAUGAGCUGAAAGACACAGGUAUYCCAGUYAUAGAGAAACAACUUUUUUGUGAGAAACACAAAGGAGAAGUCAAGAAGCUUUUCUGCAAUACUUGCCAMGAGGUAAUUUGYCGUGAUUGUACCAUUAYUGACCAUCGUGAYCAUCAGUUCAGCUUCGUUGARGACGUCSUUGAUCAACRCAARCAACUCUUUAAAACAGAAGUACAAAGAGCAAGCAACACCAAGAACAAGAUCGAGGCAKYUYUGAAGUCAGUCGAAAAGAUGAAAGAAAACGUAGAGGAAWCAACAAAAGCCACCGAAGAAAACAUCGAUAACKUAAUCGAYAAACAAAUUARAGCUUUAGAAGAAAAACGAGCAAGUCUGAAAGAGACCACAAAAAAGAUUGCAGCAACAAAGAURAAAGAACUURYAGCACAAGAAGAUGGUCUYACAAUGCACCUGACUGGCUUGAAAAGCGCCAUUGAAUUUACAGARAAAGUMUUGAMAAAUGGCGGYAGCAGURAUGUCCUGUCCUUAUCCAAACAACUUACAUCUCGUUUGUCACAGCUGUCUGAGAAACCUUAUCCUGAAGAUCUAUGCAUUCCAUGGCAAAAAGCGAUAACAAGACUUGAGUUUAACGAAAMUUUGUUUCUUAAGUCCAUAAAUUGUGUUAAAAUCGUUGACGUUACUCCUGUUGAUUAUAGUAAGUGCUCUGUUGGGCAACUAAUUGAUGGCCAUUUAGUCGAUAUCAAAGGCAAUAUUCGCGCACGUGGAGGCCAGGUUCUGGAGUUUGUUGUCCAAAUCAAGAACUCGUUUGGGGAAAAGAUGAAAAUCAUGCCAGACAGAAUAAAAGCCACAGCACGGUUUGGCGAGUCUAUGGUACUUCCGAUAAGACGUUUGGAAGAUGACACGUACAGUUUCAAACUGACAUUGAUACCCACAUUUAUAAUGAUUUGGUCUAAAAUUCUAGUAAUGGUUGACGGGAAGAAUAUCUUAGGAUCUCCAAUUAAUAUAUUUUAAUAGCAAACCCGGAGAUUCAUUCGUCAACAGGCGAUA